AUGAAUUCCCAGCAAAAUCAAGCCCAACAAGUCCAACCAGGAAGCAAAAUACCACUAUUUGGUGAUGGCAGCCGUAUUAGCAGGGAUUGGACAACUUCAGGGCUUUUAGAUGAUCCUAUUGAUCAACUCGAAGAUAAAUGCGGUUCAGUGGUCUUCACCCGCCUUUUACAGGCUUCUUACAACAAAGAUAAACUCAUUGCCGAAUGUCGAGAUUUAUCCUACCAAGAUGGAACACAUUAUAUCAAAAACAAAACUGGAAAGAAGAAGUUUUUGUUCAGAAACAUGAAUAUUCCUAUCAACAUCAAGUAUAUCAAUAGUGAUGGACUUCACAAAGAUGUGAGUUAGUGAAUUUAACUAUUUAUAUUUUCUGAACUCCUAAUUUAAAUUGAACAACAGAAAUUAAAAGCUCUUUGUGUAGCGAAAAAUAUAUCCCACAAGAGAGUUUGUUUAUCGACACACAAAGAUUUACCGACUUGUUAUUCUGAAAUCAUGCAAAGGGAGAUUUACA